GGGGUAGUUUCUCACUGUUGUAAUAUGUGCGACUUAACAUUCAUAGCGCGCGUAUCGGAUGGGCUCAUAUUCACGGAGACCUGGGAUGGUGGGAAGGAAGGACAGACUAUGGCAAAGUACAAGCAACAGGCGAAGCAGUUACUUCGUCAUAUGAAUACAUUCCCACCUCAGUGUUCGAUCGAUACAGGGGCGUAUGUUUUCCACUACAUUACGGACGGCGGUAUAGUGUACAUGACGCUGUGCGAUCAGAGGUAUCCAAAGAAGUUGGCCUUCUCGUUUUUAGAGGAAAUUCGACAAGCCUUUGUGGAGGAGUUGGCAAGGGAGUUCGGUACUACUGAUAGUCUGGACUACCGACAGCAUAUAGAGGCCAUCACCAAGCCUUAUCAUUUCAUAUCUUUUGAUAGGCAGAUUACGAAGAGGCGGAAUGAUUACAGGGACCCUACAUCGACUCGUGCGCUGAAUAGGUUGAAUGAUAGUCUUACGGAGGUUAACAGCAUCAUGCAGAAGAAUAUUGAUGAUAUACUUACAAGAGGAGAGAAGCUCGAGGAUGUUGGUAGAAGGGCUAAUGACUUGAAGGAUGCUAGCAAGUCCUUUUCGAAGAAGGCUAGGAUGAUCAAUCUGCAGGCGAUGUUACGCAAGCACGCGACUAUGGCGAUCUUCCUGAUAUUCUUCGUAUUUAUCAUUUGGUGGAAGGCCUGCUGAGCUGCUGCUGCUAUUGAUUGAUAUACGAGCUUGCUUGAACACCCCAACUAGCACCAUCGAUCAGCCUUCUCGUCACUUUUCUAAUGUGA